AUGAAGGAGAAGAUGUUGGAUGCAAACAAGGAGAAGAUGUUUUCAAGUCUUGUUCCUGACAACAGUGCAAAAGCUCUUUGUAGAUUCACUGAAAUGGUUGAUGACCUUAUCCGAACACAAGCUGAGAAAUUGCAACAAAACAAUGUGGUUUCUCUUCCGCAAGAGAUUAUCUUUGAGAUACUGAAAGAAAUUCCUGCGAAAAUAUUAUUCAGAUUCAGGAGUGUUUCCAAACUCUGGCUCUCCAUAAUUGACGAUCCACUCUUCGUUGAGUCCCACCAUAAUCGGUCAAUCAAUAGGCCCGGCGGCAUCAACCUUCUAUUCGUGAAAUCACCAACAUAUGAGGUGGAUAACCAAUUCUACUCAACAGAUCCAGAAGGCAGGUCAGUCCUUCACCUUCAAUCACUCGAAUCACUUCCAGUCACAGCAGAGUUUUUGCCUUCUCCUUUGUAUUCCGUCAAGGGCUUGAUCUGUUUUCAGCGCUGCAUAUGGAACCCUAGCACCAGAGAAAUCCAUGAAAUUCCACUCAUUAUGAUAAGGAGUCCAAUUUUUGUCUCUACUGGAGACGAUUCAUUGAGAGUUGUAUCCUUCAACCUUUUAGGGUUUGAUUCAGCUGCUUCCGGCGGGAAACACAAAGUCCUCAACAUAACCGAAGUUUAUAAUUCUGAAGACGAUGAGACGACCCACACCCAGUUCAAGGUUUUGACCCUCAGCCAGGGCGGCGCUGCCUCCACUUGGAGAGAUAUUGAUAUUGAUCAGUCCUCUGUUAAUAGUCAAUUAGACAGGUUCUCACAUGAGAUUAAUAGAGGCUGUUGUAUCAAUGGUAUUAUAUAUUGUUUAGGUAAUAUUGGUAGCUCAGGCAAAUAUGUUAUACUGGCUUUCCAAGUUGGGGAUGAGAGUUUCAAGAUCAUGCCACUUCCACACGGAGCCGCCAGAGAUUGUUUUUUUGCAAGACAAGUAAGAGAUCGUUUGGCUCUCAUAAAUUCUAAGGUCACCGAAAUUUGGAUACUAGAAGACUAUGACAAGCAACUUUGGAAUAAGCAGACUCUCAAUGUCCCACCUAUGUUUUUUGAAGAGGAGAAUCCUAUAGAACCCAUUUGUGGUAGUGGUGUUGAGAUUUUAUUUCAAUAUCACAAUUCAAAGUUCUUUUAUUAUAAUCUGGAAACUGAAAGAACAAGAAACGUCCCCAACCUAUGA